AUGAGAGGUUCUUUCUAUACCUUCGCCAUAUUGGCCUGUCUUUUGGCCUUUGUUGCGGCAUGGAGUAAAGAAGACCAGGAAAUCUUUCGUCUGCAGAACGAGGUUGCUACCCAUGACGGCCCUGAGGUUACAUUUUACGAUCUCCUCGACAUUAAACCAUCUGCCAACCAAGAGGAAAUAAGAGCUGCAUACAAGAAGAAGUCCCGCACUCAACAUCCUGAUAAGGUCAAGGCCCAAUUCGUCGCCGAUAAAUCUACAGGAAAGGGCGAAAAGUCUAAGAACAAGAAGUCUGGUGCCAAUGUCUCAAAGGGUCCUUCGCAAGCUGAAAUCAAGGCACAUUACCAAAAAGCUAGCGAUCGAUUCACACGUUUGGGUCUUAUAAAUAAAAUUCUUUUGGGAGAGGGUCGCGCACGUUACGAUCACUUCUUGAAAAAUGGAUUCCCAAAGUGGAAGGGCACUGGAUACUACUAUGCUCGGUUCCGUCCUGGUUUUGGCUCAGUGCUUGUGGGUCUCUUCAUCUUCGUUGGAGGUGGAGGUCAUUAUCUCGCCCUCUAUUUGAGUUGGAAAAGACAGCGCGAGUUUGUUGAAAGAUAUAUCACAUUUGCAAGAAACGCUGCAUGGGGUGGAAAUUCCAAUCUCAAUAUUCCUGGCCUUGAUGGAGCCGCUACACCUGGAACCGAUACCGAUGCUGAUGCCGAUCCUAUGCAACCAUUAAACCGAAAAGAGCGACGCAGGCAAGAGAAAUUUUCCAAGACUGACAAGACUGAAAAGAAAGUCAAGAAGGCUAAGGCAUCAGCACCCGGAACUCCAACCUCCAUCACUGGGCCAAAGAAGAGAGUCGUUGCUGAAAAUGGCAAAAUUCUCGUGGUUGACUCUGCCAACAAUGUUUACUUGGAACAAGCUGACGAGGAUGGCAAAACCCAAGAAUUUUUGCUUGAUCUUGACGAGCUACCUCCCCCUUCCAUGAGAGAAACUGCUCUUUUCCGGUUACCAAUUUUCGCUUUCAACAAAACUAUUGGUCGUUUCUUGAACAAAACUCCAGUCGAAGAAGAAUAUGAAGAGGUUGAAGAAGCAUCUAACAGCUCAGGUGCUGAUGAUUUUGAAGUUCUUGAGAAAGUUAAGACCACUGCAAUCAACGGCAAUGGUAAAGCAACAAGAAGAAAUAAGAAGAAUGGUCGAUGA